UAAGGACAUUUAAUCAUUGCAGGUUUAUCACAGUAAAGCAUCAAGAUACAUGUUUAUACAAUAUUUUUAAAUUUUAUUUAUUGAUGUUUCAGUUGGGAAUUUUUGGCUGUGAAUUGUAAAAAAAAGGUACUAUUUUCAUUUGGGAACUUUACCCAAAUCGGUCAUGAAUUUAGCUGAGAAAAAACCUUGAUAUUGUAUUAGAAUUAGGAGCCUUUAAUGACUGAUACUUGGGUAACGUGAUUACUGAUACUUAGAUAACGCAAUUAGUUCUAGUGUGAAAAAUUGAAAUAUAUAUCUUUAUCAAAGGCUGAUUUAAUUUGUUUGAUUGUGUUGGCACAUGGCAGCUUAUAUACUGAUAUUGAUAAGAAUCUCAGAAAAAAUAUGAAAAAAAAAUACUAUGGUACGAGUUGACUUGGGUACUGGUACUAAAAGACUAAGGUACGAGUUGACUGAGGUACAAGUUGACCAGUUUCCAACUGUUGCUAUAUCAGCAGCAAAAAGUUAAUUAAGUAACUUGUGUAACUAUGCAAUAAAAUAACAUUAAGAUAUUGCUCCCCUUUAUCACAAGGAAUACAUCCUAAUUGUGCAUGCUUUACUGUUUAAUUUAUCACAAUUUUUGUUAUUAUGCAUUUUAAUUUAUGACUCAGAUCUGUGACAUGUGCAUUCAGAUAAAUGUGCAUGAAUUCAAAAUCAUGCUUGUGAAACUAUAGAAGUUGAACACACACAGUUAUGAUCUAUUUCUUAAAUAAAUAUUUUAAACAGAUGAGUCAACAAAGAGCUUUAGAGCUUUUAAGACAGGCAGCUGCUGCCCUGGAGUCAACUCAUACAUCAACCAGUGAUGAUGCUUCAUCUAGUACCGCUUCAAGCCAAUCAAGGACAAGGACAUUGGCAGCAACUAUGGCUCCUACCAGAGAAGAAAAAGAUAGACUGUACAAGGCAAAUUUGGGGGAAAAGAAGAUAUCUUUUGAAAAAAAUGAUGAUGCAGGCUACUUUAAAUGUCGCAUUGAGGAGCAUUAUCCCAAAUUGGAUGGCAUUGGUGGUUUUGAACUACUUAGAACACAGGCCAGAAGUAGAUGCGACUUAGAAGUGAUCAUUGUGCCACCAGGUGGCUAUACUGUUAACUUUCUGUCAAAUUUCAGUAACCUUGGACAGGCAGUGUGUUACAUAAGGCCGAUCCAGAAUGAUCUUUCACUUGUGGAUCAAGAAUUCUCAGUAAGUUUAAAUUAACAUAAUCAUAAUGAGGUUCAUCCUCUUACAGAGACUGAUUUAAAGAUUGCGUUGUAAAUACCUUACUUAACUCAUUACUUCAUCAGCAUUUUGUGAAAAAUGGCUGUUUUCAUUGAAAAGUCUCCCGUUACAAGUUCAAAUUGCUAUAAUACUAUAAAAACUGCUUCAACACUAAUCAAACUUGGCACAAAUGUU